AUGUCUCGCUCCGUGUCAUCUUCACGGGGCUCUGAGUCUCCAAUGGAGCCUGAACGUGCGCACAGAGCCUGUGAAAAGUGUACUCGUACCAAAAAGAAAUGUGAUAAAGCAUUGCCUGCUUGUUCUCGCUGUACGAGGCUUGCAACUACGUGCUCCUAUGAUUUUAUCUACACGGCCCCAACAACCGCUGUUGUGGAACCUGGAUAUCUUGCAGGAUCUACACCCAAAGAAGCAUAUGGGCAGGGUAUAUUCGACCCUGCUUUUGAUGUUUCCAGCUCGAUGAUAAUGGCGUUGUUGUCAUCACGCAACAUCCCUUGGCGCGAGGCAACCGAACGCUACUUUGAGACGAUGAAUCCCUGGUUCUCUGUAAUCCAUCCGGAACUCUUUGCCAUCCGCACGGACAACAUAGGCUCCGGCUCCAAUGCCGAUCAAGGACCCCGCGAUCCUGCUGUUGCCCUCCUGAUUGUUUGCAUGCAGCUCGUCUCUCAGUACGAUGAUGAAGCUGCUGCCGCGAGCACCAGCGUCAAUGAGGGUAAGGACAUGAUCGAGAUGCCAGCCUACAGGGCCGCCAAACGAGUCCUGAGCGUCUUACGUGGUCUUUCUGCUCCUAGCAUUGAACUUGUCCAAUGUUCCAUCCUGCUGGCACUCUUUGAGUUUGGUCACGGUGAUGUAAUGCGUGCCUAUGUGAGUAUUGGAGAUGCCAACACCAUGGCCAUGGUCUUGCGCAUCGGCCCUGGAAAGUAUAUCGAAGCUGAGCGAGAAGCCAAUAUUCCUUAUGAGGAGGAAGAACGUCGCUGUGUCUACUGGAGUCUUUUCGUUCUCGAUCGUCUCAUUCAUGUCGAUUGUUCUCUCAUCCAUAUGCCUCUUCAAGUGCCAUCGCCAGCCGCCGAUGAUCUACUGCCGACAAGCAAUCUUAUUUGGCACAAUCAGAAUCAAUCGCCUACGCGUUCUGUUCAGCGGCACCCUGCGAGCGUGGCGCCUUCGGUACCUCUGGGACCAUUUCAAAGAAACUGUCAAUGUGCAAUGCUCUAUACAAGAGCCUAUUCUCCUAAACCCCAAGGGAACCCCGAUGCCUUGUUAGAGGAGUAUGUCGAGCUUGAUAUUGCAACACGCGCCCUCGUCGAGGCCAUGAUCAUGCAGACUUCUCGUUGGGGGGAUUUCUACGAGUGUUUCGCGACUUGUACAUGCCUCCUUCUAUUCCUUUACUGUCGCCAGCUUCGUGCCGCCAACACCAUAUCUGCUGCAGGACCCUUUUCCCCAACCGCCGAUGACAUCGCCCCUAAAGCCAUCGCCGGUCUUAAUUUCACAAUUCGUAUCAUCGCCGACACUACGACCGACUUGAACGACCAACUCGCGCACCGCCCUCACCUCCUCGCUCCCUGCUCCCCUGUCACGCCAUACUCGGCAUACCACUGCCUCAUGGUCUUGAGCCACCUCGAGCAUCUAAUCCCUGAAGCUGACACAAGAUUUCACAACAUAUUUGCGUCACUGCACUUUUUUGCUAAGAGAUGGGGAGUCGCUGGACAACUUGUCAACAAGGUUGAACUGUUUCUAGCGGACGCUGACGAGACACAAUGGUGCUUCAUGGACGAAUGA